AUGUCCACGGCCGCCACGCCAUAUGUGCCAGGGGUGGUCCCAGGUGAGUAUUCCUGGCCAUGGGGGAAGUUCGCCUACGCCGCUGAUGGGAGGAUCGCCAAUAUGCACCGACCCAGGAGUUUCUUGGAUUACAAUUGUAGUUUCGGGUGCGGCGGGUAUCGGCCGUUGGGACUUGGGAUAAAGACCGAUUUCGUGUAUGUGAUUCUGCAAAGAGAUUUGUGCAUAUAUCAGCUACACUUGCGAAUAAAUCGAUUCUUCCUUGCCGCAACAUUUCUGAUUUAUCUUUAA